CUCACACUCACUCUCUGAAAUGGAAUCAUCAAAUUCUUCCAUGCUUUCACUCUGAAUUCUCAAAGUCAUUUUCUUUCUUCAUUCUUCGUCACUCACAUAGUUAUCGAUGGAGUCCUCUGUUGAUGUGUUAGCUGCUAAACGCUCCCUUCCAAACGGAUUUUCCCCUAGCCCUGACAGACACAAAAGACUGAAGUUUUCAGGUGAUAGCCUGCCAUUCCCAGCACAUGAUAAGAAUUCAAAUGUUGUUGAAUACAGCAAUCCAUAUGCAAUUUCAUAUGUUCUGGAUCGUUUAGAGAGUGGAAAAUUUGGGAGUGUCACAAAGGACAUAGAGGCCCUUACGGCCCGAAAAAUGCAAAUACUGGGCCCUUAUUUUGCAAAAUAUCCUGUACUUGUUAAUCAAUUAUUGAAAGUGGUAACAAACAACGAUGAAGAAACUCCUAAGUUGGAAAAUCAACAAGUUACUGGUUUGACAAAUCAAAAUGUCAUAUAUUUGGAGGGGGAGCACACUAAGAAGGAUGUUCCUGCAGCGCCAAAUCCUGUUGUGAUUAUUGAUUCAGAUGAGGAAGAGGAUAGAGAUCAAAAAUCUGUUGUUCCAUAUCAUGAAGUUGUUUUGCCAAUGCCGAGACUAGUUGCUCCAUCUCCUGCAUUGAAGAUGAUUGGGUAUGACACUCUCAUUCCUUACCCGGGAGAAAGCAAAGAUCUAAAAAUUGGGACAAGUAUGAUUGGUAAAGUUAUGACUGGUAGAGGUAAUGCUAGGAGCGAUAAAGGUGCUUAUAUUGGUGUACAGGAGGAUGAAGAUCAGGUUGAAACUGAAGAUGAUGGUCUAGAAGAUAUUUGGAAGGAGAUGUCAAUGGCAAUAGAAACUUCCAAAGAUAUUUCUGAGAAUCUUCCGUCAGAUGAAGAAGAGAAAGAAGAUGAUGAUUGUGAUCACUCUUUUGUUUUGAAAGACGAUCUUGGUUAUGUUUGUCGCGUUUGUGGGGUCAUUGACCGAGGAAUUGAAACCAUAUUUGAGUUUCAGUACAAGGUUAAACGGAGCACAAGAACUUAUGCGUCUGAUUCAUGGAAUAACAAAGAAAAAAGAGAUAUAUUUGGAAUUAAUGUUGUUGAAGAUGGCCUUGUAUUAACUGAAUUAUCAGCGCAUCCUAGACACAUGAAACAGAUGAAACCCCAUCAAGUUGAAGGAUUCAAUUUUCUUGUUAGAAAUCUUGCGGGUGACCAUCCUGGGGGCUGCAUCUUGGCCCAUGCUCCAGGAUCUGGAAAAACAUUCAUGAUAAUCAGUUUCAUGCAAAGUUUUCUAGGAAAGUAUCCUAGUGCAAGACCCUUAGUGGUGCUUCCUAAGGGAAUAUUGUCAACAUGGAAGAAGGAGUUUCAGACAUGGCAAGUGGAGGACAUACCUCUUUAUGACCUUUACACAGUGAAGGCAGAUAGUAGAAGUCAACAACUAGAAGUGUUGAAGCAAUGGAUGGAGCAUAAAAGUAUCCUUUUCUUAGGAUACAAACAGUUCUCCUCUAUUGUCUGUGAUAAUGGGUCCAACAGUUUAUCAUUAUCUUGCCAAGAGAUUUUACUCAAGGUUCCUUCAAUUCUUAUUUUAGAUGAGGGACACAAUCCAAGGAAUGAAAACACAGAUAUGGUACAGUCCCUUGCAAAAGUUCAAACGCCUAGAAAAGUUGUACUGUCAGGAACCCUUUAUCAAAAUCAUGUCAGGGAGGUGUUUAACAUUUUAAAUCUUGUUCGGCCUAAAUUUUUGAAGAUGGAAACAUCUAGGCCUAUUGUCAGGCGCAUUCAUAGUAGAGUUCAUAUACCAGGUGUGAGAAGCUUCUAUGAUUUAGUUGAAAACACUUUGCAAAAGGAUAAGGAUUUUAAAAGGAAAAUAGCUGUUAUACAAGAUUUGCGUGAGAUGACGAGCAAGGUACUUCACUAUUAUAAAGGAGAUUUUCUUGAUGAGCUUCCUGGUCUUGUUGAUUUUACUGUGGUGCUCACUCUUAACCCUAGACAGAAGCCUGACGUUGAUAAAUUAAAAAGGCUAUCUAGAAAGUUCAAGAUAAGUUCUGUAGGCAGUGCUGUCUAUCUGCAUCCUAAACUGAAACCACUAGCAGAAAAAUGUGAAAAUUCUAUAUCUGAUAAUAUAAUGGAUGAUUUGAUAGAGAAACUAGAUAUGAGAGAUGGUGUGAAGUCAAAAUUCUAUUACAACAUGCUAAACAUGUGUGAAUCAGCAGGGGAGAAGCUUCUGGUUUUCAGUCAAUAUCUGUUACCUUUGAAAUAUUUAGAAAGGUUGACUAUGAAAUGGAAAGGUUGGAGUCUUGGAAGAGAAAUUUUUGUAAUCUCAGGAGAAUCAAGCUCUGAGCAACGAGAAUGGUCAAUGGAAAAAUUUAACAAUUCUCCUGACGCCAAAGUCUUCUUUGGCUCAAUCAAGGCAUGUGGAGAGGGCAUAUCAUUGGUUGGGGCAUCCCGCAUAAUUAUUUUGGACGUUCAUCUCAAUCCUUCAGUAACUCGCCAAGCUAUUGGUCGUGCAUUCAGACCGGGCCAGAAGAAGAAAGUCUUCGUGUAUCGAUUGGUAGCUGCUGGUUCUCCUGAAGAGGAAGAUCACACUACUUGUUUCAAGAAGGAAUUAAUAUCAAAAAUGUGGUUUGAAUGGAACGAGUAUUGUGGCGAUCGAGCUUUUGAAGUUGAGGCUGUUGAGGUGAAUGAGUGUGGUGAUCAAUUUCUUGAAAGUCCACUGUUACGGGAGGAUGUAAAAGCUUUGUAUAAAAGGUAGAAUGUGGCUUUGAAUGGGCAUGGGUAAAUUACUUUUUGCUUUCAUGUGAUUGCACAGUUUUAGCAUUGUAUUUUAUUUCAGAUCAGGGUAGAGAAUUACUGAAUUGAAUUUGGUUAAGUCUUUAGUCUCUGUGCAGUUACUUGCGAUCCAUCUGCUCUCUCACUCCCUGGUAUAGGGUUGUUGAUGUAUUGUAGAGUACAUUUAAUAUCCUGAAGUUGUUAGUUGUGCAGUAAUCCUGUUAGUCAUGUUUUCCAUUGCAUCUGCUGAUUAAGAAAAUGUUGCAAGUCCUUUAUGGGUAGUUGUGAUGUUAAGAAUGUUUUGCCUCAGAAGAUAUAAACAAAGCAUGAAAGUAAACGGAUGAGACAGUUAACUGGUUGAAAUUGUUGGAGGCUAAAAGUCCAAGCCCCUUUUCCAACACCGAAUUCUGGGUCACAAAAUUGAGAUUACUGUGUUGUAUUUGUAUCCGUUCAAACUUCCACACAACAUGAUUUAAGCUUUCACAAUUU